AAAACAACACGAGUGUUGAUCUCGAUACCAGCUAUCUGAUAAAUAAAAUAAAUUUUCAAGUAUUACAAGCAGUAAGUAAUUUAUAUUUGAUAACAUCAGAUCAGUAAUGAUGGCCACAGAUAGCUGUCAAACAAAAUCAACUUUUUUUAUUAUCUACCACUCAGCCUGACAGUUUUGAUCAGAUAGCAAGACCAUAAUUUCUGGUAUCAUGAUGAAGAAAUUAAUCACUUAGUGUUUUAUUGCUCGCUCAAGGACGCAGUAUUGACGUUUUGUUAUUUUUUUUAUUAAUGAAAAAUUACUUAGACUUGAUAAAUAAAUAAAUGAACGAUGUUUAGAGCUGAAGAAUCAGCAAAAGGUAAUUUUCUUCAACAGACUAAAGCUGCAAGAGAAGAAAGAGCUAAUGAAAAACGUAAGGAAGCUGCUGUUGUUUGCAUCCAAGCCUGUGUACGUGGGUGGCUCGCCAGGACUAAAUUUGCCACUAGGAUAUUAAAAGAGUUCGAUAAUUAUUUUCCCCUUGAAACUGCGACUGAUGUCUCCAUAGAAUUAAAACCAGCGUUACAAGUUUAUAAACAAAUAUCAAGAUUUUUAAUUGUCUUUAAACGUGACCGGGAUCAAACAAGAAUAGAAAGAAUAUGCAGAUAUCUAGUGAAAACGCUGGACUCGGAGCUCCCGAAGCUGUCGUAUGUGGGCGUAGCCUUGAACAAGGACCACUACAUAUCCUGGAUAUCGCAGAUGAAGACGAUACUGUACCAGUGUAUGGUCGGCCUGGAUGACUUGAGACCCGAGAGGCCAGCAGACCACAGAUGUAUUUUAUUGAGACUCCAUACUCUGGUGAGUUUUACGUCAGCCGGGACCUGGGCAAUUCAGAAAGCCAAAGGAAUGGACAAGCUCAGAGCGGGUAUGAAUCAAUUGUGUGCUAAUAUUAUGGGACAUCUAGUCAAUUCUGGUUUUUAUACAAUCAUGCAGACUCUAUUAGUAAAAGGAUUAGGGAGAGAAAAAAUAGCAUUGAAACCACUUGCGCUGUCAGCAGCCGUUACAUUGACAAUGCGGCCAUUGAUAUCAUCACAAAUGUCCGAUAAACUAGUAUCGUUAUUUCUUAUAAAUAUAUUUAGUGUACCUGCACUCGUUUAUCAUUUGAAUAUUUAUUCAUCAGAGUGCAUAAAUUUAUUUAUCAGCCAUAAUUUAUUUACGCGAAGUCUUGAGUUACUUAACUCAGAGCAAAAUUUACGGAUAAUAUUUAAUGCACUUGAGGGAAGUUACGCUCUCUGUUUACUGGCAAAUUUAAUUCAGUUGGCAAAUAUUGAGCGAGAUGAAGUUUUAAAAGAUUUAUAUUUUCCAUCAUUUACAUUUGUCGUGACAAAAAUGCUCGAGUCUUGUCAGCAGUACGUGGUAGCAAAGCAAAGUAAUCUGACUCAUUGGCAUCCGGUGUUGGGUUGUUUUGCCCAAGCAGUUGAUUCUUCUUUGCAUGGUGCCAUAGCUUACACUAAAAUUCAAUUGUCUUAUCUUUGGACCGGGAGAAUUGUAUCGCAACUUAUUGGACUGCCAUUAGUAGAAAUAGUAGAAAAAGAAGUGCCGAGUCCACCGGAACAUCAAAGCACAUCAGUUGGUACAAAUAUAUUUCGCCGCGCAUUUUUAGAAGCGCGUACGAAUCGCAACAAUAGUAACAAAAAUUACCGGAAACUGGGAAGUCCUGACACGACUAAAAUAUCAUUGAUCUGCUCGUUGUUUCAAACUGCGCUGCACACUCUGACGCAGAUGAAACUGGACAUACUCACGGGUCUGUGCUACCAAGACAAAGUUCUCUACCACAUGUGGCUUUUUCUUAACACUCUUGGACCCCAUUGCGGACUCCGCGCAUUCCUAGACCACUUGGCAGCAAACACUAAAUGUAGCGCGCCGGAAUUCCAGAUGCUUAUACUCUUCAGCGACUGCAUGACCCACUACGUGACGAUAUUGGACGACAUGGAGAUGUAUGAGCAGCAAGAUCCAUUCAAGCUCACGGACUUUGUCACCAUGUCGUAUUUUUUAAACCAGUUUCUGUACAAAGCCGUUCUCAAUAAUCUCUUUGAUGUUACAGAUGUCAAGACAGUGUCCAACAAUCAGCUCUUUUCAUCUCUGCACACUCUGCUGAUGGCGAUCUAUCGUCGCGAUUGCCGGAGAACGUUCUGUCCUGAUGGCCACUGGCUGGCUAAGGAAGUAAGAGUGUCGGGAUUCCUAGCAGAUCUAGAAAAAGGCAGGAGAGGCGCAGCCCUUUUACUCUCCAAGAUGCCGCACGUGAUUCCUCACUCGGAACGUGUGGUACUUUUUCGUAAGCACGUCGCUGAUGAGAAAGCAGUCCUGGGAUUGACAGAAAGUGCAUGCAAUAGUCCAUCGUCGACUUUGAUAUCUGUCCAUAGGACUCGAAUAGUCGAGGACGGGUACCGUCAGUUGGCGAUGCUGCCUCCGCAGGCUCUAAAAGGCGUGAUACGGGUGCGGUUUGUCAACGAACAGGGACUCGACGAGGCGGGAAUUGACCAAGAUGGAGUGUUCAAAGAAUUCCUCGAGGAAACGAUAAAACGGGUGUUCGAUCCGUCAUUAAAUCUCUUCAGAGCAACCAGCGAGAAUCGUUUGUACCCAUCCCCGACCUCUUACAUGCAGGAAAAUCAUCUCCAGCUUUUUGAAUUCGUGGGUCGUAUGCUCGGCAAAGCCGUCUACGAGGGAAUCGUCGUCGACGUACCUUUUGCUUCUUUUUUCGUCUCCCAAUUCUCUGGUCAAGCUGGCGGAGCGCUCUACAGCUGGCUGGACGAGCUGGCUUCACUUGACCGCGAUCUAUAUCGCAGUUUGACUCUGGUUAAGCACUAUAAGGGCGACGUCAGUGAGCUCGAGUUAACCUUUUCCCUCGACGAAGACGUGAUGGGUCAGCUGGUGACACACGAACUGAAUCCCGGUGGUAAAGCUGAAACCGUAACUAAUUUGAAUAAAAUAAAUUACAUUCAUCAUAUGGCGCACUUUCGUAUGCACAGACAAAUUAAAGACCAGACUGCAGCUUUUACGAAGGGGUUCAAGUCCAUCAUUAACCCCGACUGGCUCUCAUUGUUCUCGACGCCUGAACUGCAGAGACUAAUAUCCGGUGAUAAUGUUCCUCUAGAUUUACGAGAUUUACGCCGGCAUACUCAGUACUACGGCGGGUUCCAUGAUAGCCACCGCGUUGUUUGCUGGUUGUGGGACAUCCUCGAGAAAGAUUUCAGCGAAGAAGAACGCGGUCUGUUUCUAAAAUUUGUCACCAGCUGUUCCAAGUCUCCGCUGCUGGGUUUCGCUCACCUAGAGCCGCCUUUCUCGAUCAGGUGCGUCGAGGUAGGCGACGACGAAGACACCGGCGACACUAUAGGCAGCGUAAUUCGUGGAUUUUUUACAAUACGGAAAAAAGAUCCGCAAAAUCGUCUGCCCACUUCAUCGACUUGUUUCAAUCUUCUUAAAUUACCAAAUUACCAAAAAAAAAGUACUCUUCGUGAAAAAUUACGGUACGCAGUAACAAGUAACACCGGUUUCGAGUUGUCUUAACGCGAGACAUUCGGGGCUCUUCUACAUUUAGUCAAUCAGGAAGAUCCUCAGUACUUUAAUUUAUUUUAUUACUCUAAUUCUGAUCAUCACUGGACGAAAUUUGAUCACAAGCUUUUCUUUAACGAUCUACCGCCGUCGUCAUAAUCUAUUAAUACUCUUCAUUCCCUUUUACACUCGACUUGUUUCAACUAUUCUAUUUUUUUUCUUUCUUACACUCGGCUUCAAUUUUAUUUUAUACAAAAAUAGAAAAAGUAAAUAAUUUAAAUAAACUGGCCGUCAAUUUAUCUACCUCGAGUAAAAACUUGGUGCAGGAAAUUUCACCAAUGACCAAAUGAUUAAUAUGACGGCAAUCAACAUCAAUGCUUUGUAAAUUGCUCGCCUGUAUUCCGUAGCUCAGAUAUUUUAUAAAAUAAAAUAAAACUAUAUUGUAAAAUUGUUAAUAAUUACAAAUAACAUAACUUUGUAUGUUUAAUACAAUUGAUAAUUAUGUAAAUA